ACGUCUGCCCUUAGCCAAAAUGGCGCCAGCUCGGAAGUUGCCGAAGUUGACGAAGCAGGUCCGGAAGCUGCCGAGCGAGUCCGGAAGUUGCCGAAAGAGAGCAGCGGGGAAGGAGGAUGGCGGAUAUCAUCGGAAGACUCCGGGAGGACGGGAUCCAAAAGCGUGUGAUAAAGGAGGGCCGAGGAGAGCUCCCUGACUUUCAGGAUGGAACCAAGGCCACGUUCCACUACCGGACUCUGCGCAGUGACGAGGAGGGCACCGUGCUGGACGACAGCCGGGUGCGCGGCAAGCCCAUGGAGCUCAUCAUCGGCAAGAAGUUCAAGCUGCCCGUGUGGGAGACCAUUGUGUGCACCAUGCGGGAGGGCGAGAUUGCCCAGUUCUGCUGCGACGUCAAGUGUCCUUUCUCAGAUGGUGAUGGGGCAGGGGGCUGGGCCUCUUGGGCCGGUGACCAGCCAGCCCAUUGGUGCCCACUCACCCUCCGGCAGCAUGUGGUCCUGUAUCCGUUGGUGGCCAAGAGUCUACGCAACAUUGCAGCUGGCAAAGACCCCCUGGAGGGCCAGCGGCACUGCUGCGGCAUCGCCCAGAUGCACGAGCACAAUUCCCUGGGCCACGCCGAUCUGGACGCCCUGCAGCAGAACCCCCAGCCUCUCGUCUUCGACAUCGAGAUGCUUAAGGUGGAGAAUCCUGGCACGUACCAGCAGGACCCAUGGGCGAUGACGGAUGAGGAGAAGGCAAAGGCAGUGCCGGUCAUACACCAGGAGGGCAACCGGUUGUACCGCGAGGGCCGCGUGAAGGAGGCUGCCGCCAAGUACUACGACGCCAUCGCCUGCCUCAAGAACCUUCAGAUGAAGGAACAGCCUGGGUCCCCUGACUGGAUCCAGCUGGAUCAGCAAAUCACACCACUGCUGCUCAACUACUGUCAGUGCAAGCUGGCGGCCCAGGAGUAUUACGAAGUGCUGGACCACUGCUCCUCCAUCCUCAAUAAGUAUGACGACAACGUCAAGGCCUACUUCAAGCGGGGCAAGGCGCACGCGGCAGUGUGGAAUGCCCAGGAGGCCCAGGCUGACUUUGCCAAGGUGCUGGAGCUGGACCCCGCCCUGGCGCCCGUCGUGAGCCGCGAGCUGCGGGCCCUCGAGGCAAGAAUCCGGCAGAAGGACGAGGAAGACAAGGCCCGCUUCCGGGGCAUCUUCUCCCACUGACAGGGCCCUGCUGGCCCGGCCACCCUGCCCAGCUCACUGCUGCUGCUCCCAGCCCACCCGCCCCCGCUGUAUCAUGCUUCUCUGUAUAUAAAGGCCUUAUUUAUCUCUC